GCUGUGAACGAGAGUGACGACUGUUUGUUGGUGACCAGAGCCCUGGAAAAGUAUUAUCUCUCCAGCAUGUACAGCCUCGAGUUCAUUUUAGGCUUCAUCGGAAACACCAUUGCUGUCUUCGGCUAUAUAUUCUGCCUGAAAAACUGGAAAAGCGGCAACAUCUACCUGUUCAAUUUGUCACUGUCAGAUUUAUUAUUUCUGUGCAAUAUCGAAAUCCUCGUGAGCAGUUACUCCAGACAACAAUGGGCGAAGGACAGCGUCCUGUGCCACAGCAACCGGUUCCUGCUGCAUGCAAACCUCUACAGCAGCAUCCUCUUCCUCACCGCUAUCAGCAUCGACCGAUACAUGCUCAUAAAGUUCCCUUUCAGAGAGCACUUUCUGCAGAAGAGGAAAUCAGCCCUUGUCGUAUCUGUGGCCAUAUGGAUCGGGGUGAUACUGGAGCUGCUCCCGCUGAUGUAUUUCCUGGAGCCUGCAACGGCCGCCAAUAAUUACAAGUGUCUGGAUUACGCCAGCUCCGGUGACGCCGUGAAAAGCCUCAUCUACAGCGUGCUCCUGACCGUCUUUGGGUUCCUCAUCCCCCUCGUGACCAUGUGCUGCUUCUACGUGAAGAUGGUUCUUUUCCUCAAGAGCAGGAGCGAGCAGCUCAGCUCCGCCCUGGCCCUGGAGAAGCCCCUCGCGCUGGUCGUCCUCGCCAUGGUGAUCUUCUCCGUGCUCUUCACUCCCUACCACGUCAUGCGCAACGUCCGCCUGGCUUCCCGCAUCGCAGCCUUGAACGUGUCCGCGUGCGCGCAGGAUGUCAUCAACACCAUCUACAUCAUCACGAGACCCAUUGCCUUCCUGAACAGUGCCAUUAACCCCGUUUUUUAUUUCCUAAUGGGAGACCACUUCAGAGAGAUGCUGAUGGCGAAAAUAAGGCAGCUCUGGAGCAGGUUGACAACGACCAACCGGCAAAUGACCGAAUGA